AUGGAAUCUAUUGGCACUCUCUUUCCCAAGAACCGACCAAUGAGAAUGUAUUCGAGUCUUUGGAACGCUGAUGAUUGGGCCACCAGAGGUGGUUUGGUCAAAACAGAUUGGUCUAAAGCUCCUUUCACUGCUUCUUACCGUGGCUUCAACCAAGAAGCUUGUGUUUGGUCAAACGGCAAGUCUUCUUGUCCUAAUGGCUCGGGGCAGGGGACGAGUGGAUCGUGGCUGUCACAGGAGCUUGACUCAACUGCUCAAGAAAGGAUGAGAUGGGUGCAGAAGAACUACAUGAUCUACAACUAUUGUACGGAUACAAAGAGGUUCCCUCAAGGUAUUCCUAAAGAGUGCUUAGCUGCCUAG